UACAGACAAUUAGCAGCAUUCCCAGCUCAUCUUUCUGUUUUACUAUUGUGAUUUUAUUAUUGCGGCCUGUCAAAAUGGCUGCUGUGCAAAUGUCCUAUUUCUAGACCAUCCAUGACAGAGACCUAUUUGGUCUGCAAAAGUGCAGCCGGCGUUGUUGACCCAACGAGGACACCGUACCUCUCAAUAUGUGUAUACAGUUGUUAGGCUCCAACUGUGCAACCUGAGUGGCAGGUGUCAGUCGAACCGCUGGAUACGUUUGCUGACUGACGAGCAAAAGGAUUUUUUUAUUUUGUUUAUUUUGUGGCUAUGCUGUAGCUUAGUUUGUGUCGCACACAGAGGCUCGUUUUGUAUUAUUUUAGCUUCGCUCACAGUCACGGACAGGCUAGUGUGGCACAGGUGGCUAGCUGGUAAGCUAACGACAACGUCGCACGCACGCGGAGAAUCGCUUACACGUACGCUGCUGUCGGCGACCGUCACACCAGGAGAGCCACGAUGAAUGUCGCUAAAAGUGGUUAUCGCGUCUUCUCCGCAAACUCGUCCGUAGCCUGCACUGAACUAGCCAAGAAGAUAACAGAGAGGCUGGGAGUUGAGCUGGGGAAGUCCGUGGUAUACCAGGAAUCAAACCGAGAGACGAGAGUGGAUGUUAAAGAAUCUGUUCGUGGCCAAACUAUUUUCAUCAUUCAGACAAUACCAAGAGAUGUCAACACAGCCAUCAUGGAGCUGCUGGUCAUGGCCUAUGCCCUCAAGACGUCUUGCGCAAAGAACAUCAUUGGGGUUAUUCCUUACUUCCCCUACAGCAAGCAGUGCAAGAUGAGAAAGAGAGGCUCAAUCGUGUGCAAGCUGUUAGCUUCAAUGUUAGCUAAAGCAGGUUUAACACACAUCAUUACCAUGGACCUGCAUCAGAAGGAGAUCCAAGGCUUCUUUGGCUUUCCUGUUGACAACCUGCGUGCCUCUCCUUUUUUGAUUCAGUACAUCCAGGAAGAGAUUCCUGAUUACCGAAAUGCCAUUAUUGUAGCAAAGUCCCCAGCAGCAGCUAAAAGGGCUCAGUCUUAUGCAGAGCGCCUGCGUUUGGGUCUUGCUGUGAUUCACGGUGAGGCGCAGUGUUCAGAAUCUGACAUGGCUGAUGGAAGACACUCGCCACCAUGUGUACGCAACACCUCGGGACACACAGGAUUGGAACUGCCUUCAGGCAAACAACAAGCCCCGUUCCCUGGCAUAGAGCUCCCAAUAAUGAUGGCCAAGGAGAAACCUCCCAUUACUGUAGUCGGAGACGUGGGAGGGAGAAUUGCCAUCAUUGUGGAUGACAUUAUAGAUGAUGUAGGAGAUUUUGUUGCCGCUGCAGAGAUCCUGAAAGAAAGAGGGGCCUAUAAAAUUUAUAUCAUGGCCACACAUGGUUUACUCUCUGCUGACGCUCCACGCCUCAUAGAGGAAUCUGCCAUCGACGAGGUGGUGGUGACAAACACUGUGCCCCAUGAAGUACAGAAGCUCCAGUGUCCCAAAAUCAAGACGGUGGACGUCAGCAUGAUUCUGGCAGAGGCAAUCCGCCGCAUCCACAACGGAGAGUCCAUGGCCUACUUGUUCCGCAACAUCACUGUGGAUGACUAGAGCGUCUCCAACGCUAAAUGAGGGCUGAGGUGGGUCGGAUAAGUACUGAGGGCAGGUGCACUUCUUCCCUGUCCGCUAACAACAUACUAAUGCCAUAUUUCAUAUGAUGUCUAUUAUUGACUAUUGACACAUGUAUUCUACUCACUUACAAGAAAUUGAAAUGUACUAAUUUAUCUCACGAAAGCUUGUGAAAAAUGUGUUUCUAUUGUUAGGUUGGGAAAUGCCCCUUUACGGUGUAAGAUAAAAUAGUACUCAAUGAGUGCACAUCUCCACCAAGGCUGCUCAGUUUCCCUACAGUGUCAAUACACUCCUCUAUGUCACAAGGUUAACCAUCGUUUUUAAAUAAAAUCCGGAAUCUGUAUCUGGAUUGUCACCAAAAUCAAAUAAUGUCAUCAAAUUUCAACCGUGACUUUGAUUUCUGCUCCUCACAGACAGAGAGACAGAAUAACACUUGAGCUUUGAUGCGUUCAUUCAUAUGCUGAAGCUUUUGUUCUUGAACUGAUUGAAAGACACUUUGUCAUAAUCUGUUGUACCUCAUGUUUAAUUUAACGACUGAAUUUCGUCUGCGAAUAUUGAAAUGACAAGUUGUCUCGAGUAACGGAACUUUAAACGCUUUAAACCAGUUUCCCAGUGCUCACGCUGCACCAGGGCCGUGCAGCGCUGUGAUUACAUGCAUUUAAUGGGAUGUGUUGUUGCUGAUUACAAAGAUGAGUCACUGGUGCCCAAACUACUGUAUAUUUGUAUGUUUUUGUGGUAACCUACUGUAAAAUUCCUAAUGUGGCAUACAAAUGAGUCCAUUCAUAUUGCAUUCAUAAUAGAUUCCUGCUGUUACCACAGUGCAGUUGAGGUGGAGCAAACACUCCAUUUCAUACUAAAAGCGUAAAACGUGUGUAAAAUAUCGAACCACAUAAUUUGACCAUCCCAAAUAAAAUUCACUCCCAUCAUAUUGUGGUUGCAGCAGAACAUAAAUGUGGAUGGCUACAUUUAACUGGCAUUUAAUACGUAUGUUUUGUUUUGUUCAGUAAUUGGCUGAAGUGACCCGUUAAUGUGCUAGAAUUCUUUCGACUGAAGAUCCAUGUAGGAGUCUGCACUGUUUUUCUCAACAUUAGCACCUUUCUGUGCCCUCUGAGGAAAUGUCGGCGUGAAGCUCAAGGGUAAAUUUAGUGCAUGUUUCUGCUGAUUGACCCUUUUGCUCAGGGAAAUGUGCUUUACAAGCCAAUGCGUAAUUUAUUUAGUUGUUUUGCAUUCUUGUCGAGGAUUAAAAACUGUUUGUUGAGAUGGCCUUCCUUACAGCUGUACUGUACACGUUUGCUUUUUUACCAUUAGUUUAAUUUUUGCUAUAGACACUGGAAUCCUUCUGAAGUGCUCAUCGGUUGGUGUUUGACAGCUCAAGUUGCACACUCCGGGCAUCUGUAGGCACAAAGUUUGACUUUGUCUGUAUAAAAUGGUGAAUUCCAGCUCAUGUUUUAUAUGUCCUUAGCCCUUUGACUCCUUUGUAUGUCCUUUUCUUCUGUCGUAUCUGUAAUGUGAAGGAUGUAAAGACAACGGCCCUCUGUCUGCCUCUACAGUGUUUGCCCGUGUCUAUGAAAAUAAAACACGUCUUCACUGUUUAA